AUGGCGACGGAUGAUUUCAUCAGUGACCUUCCCGACGAAGUUUUGGCUACGAUUAUAUCAGGCUUACCAGCCAUUGAAGCAAUAAGAACAACUAUUUUAUCAAAACGAUUGAAGGACGUAUGGAGGAAUGUUUCCCGUUUAGAUUUCGAUCCAAAAGGAGUGAAGAAAUUAUUUCCUGCUCCAAAUCGACGCAGAUCUACGGUGCCAGUAAUACAGUUUGGAUCCAAUGUUUGCCAUGACGAGGGUGAUGAUAUUGAUGAUACUGAUCCGAGGGAAGAGAUUUCCCGAGUUGUUAAGAAUAUCGAUAAUGUAUUGUUAUCUCAUGAACGUAACUUGAUUAGUUGCAGAAUCGUUCAUCUCUCAAAUAGUUACAGAAGCGGUGAUGUUGAGAAGUGGAUCAAAUAUCUUACAUCCGAGAAGAAAGUGCAAGAAUUGGCUUUCCUUUGCGAUGAUUUUCAGCAUGAGUUUUAUCCAGUAAGCCUUUUGGAUGGGGUCUGA